AUGGACUGUUCCCGCUACUCCAGUGUUGUCGAAAGCGACCCCGCGUUAAAGUGGACAGGAAGUCAUUGGGGCGAGCACAGUGAAGUUACUGCCUGGUUACAGAGUAAAGACACUUGGUUCCGCACCCAACAGCUUAUUGAUGUGUCUUUCUCGAGCAUGCCGGAAGCAGAACUCUGUAAAUGGAGAACGGCGACUGCAAACAUGGCUGGAAUGAGGUAA